GGCCGCGGGGAGGCCCCACCGUGGGGGGCGGAGUUGCCGCCGCUUCCCCCAUCCCCGGGGACUGCGGCCCCUUCUUAAGCCCGCGGAGUCUCUGGCUGCCCCUCACUCGCCUCUCCCGCCAGUCUUGCUCCCGCGCGAUGGCCUCGGCGCUGAGCUAUGUCUCCAAGUUCAAGUCCUUCCUGGUCUUGUUCUUCACCCCGCUCCUGCUGCUGCCACUCAUCGUUUUGAUGCCCGCCAAGUUUGUCAGGUGUGCCUACGUCAUCAUCCUCAUGGCCAUCUACUGGUGCACGGAAGUCAUCCCUCUGGCUAUUACCUCCCUCAUGCCUGUCCUGCUUUUCCCACUCCUCAAGAUUCUGGACUCCAAGGAGGUGUGUGUCCAGUACAUGAAGGACACCAACAUGCUGUUCCUGGGCGGCCUCAUCGUGGCUGUGGCCGUGGAGCGCUGGAACCUGCACAAGAGGAUCGCCCUGCGCACACUCCUCUGGGUGGGGGCCAAGCCCGCACAGUUGAUGCUGGGCUUCAUGGGCGUCACGGCCUUUCUCUCCAUGUGGAUCAGCAACACGGCCACCACGGCCAUGAUGGUGCCCAUUGUGGAGGCCAUGCUGCAGCAGAUGGAGGCCACGAGCGCAGCCACGGAGGCCAGCCUCGGGGCCCUGGAGCUGGCGGACAAGGGCAAAGCUGGUGAGCUGCCAGGGAGCCAAGUGAUUUUUGAAGGGCCGGGCAUGGGGCAGCAGGAGGACCAAGACAGGAGGAGCAUGUGCAAGGCCAUGACCCUGUGCGUGUGCUACUCGGCCAGCAUUGGAGGCACCGCCACCUUGACUGGGACGGGACCCAACGUGGUGCUCCUGGGCCAGAUGCAUGAACUGUUUCCUGACAGCGGAGACAUUGUGAACUUCGCCUCGUGGUUUGGAUUCGCCUUCCCCAACAUGCUGAUAAUGCUGCUGCUUGCCUGGCUGUGGCUCCAGUUCAUUUAUAUGAGAUUCAACUUUAAAAAGUCCUGGGGCUGUGGGCUGGAGAGGAGGAACAAUGAGAAGGCGGCCUACGAGGUGCUGCAGGAGGAGUACAGAAAGCUGGGGCCCUUCUCCUUCGCUGAGGUCAACGUCCUGCUCUGCUUCCUCCUGCUGGUCGGCCUGUGGUUCUCCCGGGACCCUGGCUUCAUGCCCGGCUGGCUGUCCAUCACCUGGGUGGAAGGCGAGACACAGUAUGCCUCCGACGCCACCGUGGCCAUCUUUGUGGCCAUCUUGCUGUUCAUUGUGCCUUCGCAGAAGCCCAAGUUCAACUUCUGCAGCCAGACUGAGGAAGAAAGGAAAGCUCCCUUCUAUCCGCCUGCCCUGCUGAACUGGAAGGUGGCCCAGGAGAAAGUCCCGUGGGGCAUCGUGCUGCUCCUGGGCGGUGGAUUUGCUCUGGCGAAGGGAUGCGAGGCCUCGGGGCUGUCCGAAUGGAUGGGGAAGCAGAUGGAGCCCUUGCAAGCUGUGCCCCCAGCAGCCAUCACCUUGAUCUUGUCCUUCCUCAUUGCUGUGUGCACUGAGUGCACAAGCAACGUGGCCACCACCACCCUGUUCCUGCCCAUCUUUGCCUCCAUGUCACGUUCCAUUGGCCUCAAUCCGCUGUACGUCAUGCUCCCUUGCACCCUGAGUUCGUCCUUUGCCUUCAUGUUGCCUGUGGCCACCCCACCUAACGCCAUCGUGUUUGCCUACGGACACCUCAAGGUUUCUGACAUGGUGAAAACAGGACUAAUGAUGAACAUAAUUGGCGUCUUCUGUGUGUUUUUGGCGGUCAACACGUGGGGACGAGUCAUAUUUGACUUGGAUCAUUUCCCUGACUGGGCUAAUGUGACGCAUAUUGAGACUUAGGAAGAGCUGCAAGACCACCGACACAGCUCCUGCCCUCCUGAGGACUCCUGAACCUUCCGGCUCACCUUGCAAAAGAGCUCUGGGGUUCAUACCCCAAAGUAACCCAAUGAUGCCCAUACCCCACUGAUACCCAGCCAACAGGCCACCUCUUCCUCUAGGCCAGGGCUCAUAGCUGGGGAUAGGCAGCCGGAGGGCAGGCUCAGAAGUGAAGGGGCCUCCCAAGAGGCUGCUGGCAUCCAUCUUUCCCAGGGCCCAGUCAUCAUCUCAGGGACAGGCAGGCUGCAGAGGGCCCAGGAUGCAGGCUCCUGCCCCUACUCAGUCUCCAGGGGGCCCCAUGUUGGGCUCUGGUGUCCACUUUCUUAGUCCCAGGGUUAUCUAAGUGGGAAUCAGAUCCCCAUCUUGGAGGGGAGAAAACGAUCUUCCAGAGCCUGCGCCUCUUCCAGCUUACCAUGGGCCGCCUUGCUUCGCUCCUGUCACUCAGAAGGGGCAACCCAGCCCAGGGACAGAAAGUCUGGUCAUGGGUAGCUUCCUACUGCCAGAGCAAGAGUGGGAAUCAGAGCCUCCUGGAACCACCAGGAGGAUGGUGCCACCCCCGAAGGAUGAGGAACUUGAAGUAACUUCCAGAUGACACCACCCACAGUGCACCAUGGGUGAACCUGCUCUCCUCCUUGCCUCGCUCCUUUUUAAGUGACCAUUUGGAUCCCAUUCCCAGCUCUCCAGGAACCGCCUUCACCUCCUCGGGCCCUUUGUUGUCUGGUCCAGUAUUUGCUGGGAUCCACCGGCUGGGGCCCUCCAGCAUCCCCUGUUCUCCCAGGCAGCUCAGUGUGGCUCUCCCGAGAGAUACUUUUCCUGCCACCCCACAGCUGGGAUCACACUCCAGGUACAGGCAGCAGUGAUGGCUCCUUUGGGGCCACAGUUGGCUAUCUAGGUCCUUCCUCACCUGGAGGCUCAGAGUGGACACAGCUGUUUACAGCCAAAAGCAGGGUGCCUUCAGAGUUUGUCAGUCACGCCAGAGUUUGAGCUUCUUGGGGAAGCCUCCCCUUUGCUGUUGGCCUUCACAGCCAUGCUGUGGCGACUGAGCCGACAGCCCCUGCCCGGGAGGGAAUCUCCCUGAAGUUGUUGGGCAGACCCCAGUGUGGCCAUGGGACCCUCAACACCCCUGUGAGAGAAAUGAGAUACCCACCCUCUUGCCCCAACCUCCUUUUCCUUCUCUCUUGUGCUGCCCUGGAAGAGAGGCAGUGGCAGAUAUACGAGGUCCAUUGAUGGCAUUUUUCUGGGCAGGAGAAAGUACGAGAACCCAAGGACACCCCCUCAAGGACCAAGCAUGUAUCUACUUCCUUGGGUGGGAUGACUCCUGGCCACUCCGACUGUCUCCCAUGGAAAGGUGCGCAGUGCUGACCGUCUCUAGCUUUCUGCCAUGGGUCGGGGUGGGGCAGGUGCCCACCCUCUGUGCCAGGCCUCCCCAUGCCAUGCCUGGGGCGUCCGCUAGUUACCUCAUCCAUCUUUGCAGCAGCCCUGUGAGAGAGGCAGGUGUCAUUAUCCUUGUUCCUCUUUCAAGAGUACCGAAGCUCACAGAGGCCAAGUGACGUGUCCAAAGUUACACAUCAAGUUAGUGGCAGUUAGGGUUCCAAUCCAGGUCUUCCGCUCCAUGUCCACUGCUCCUUUCUCUAGCCACUCAGGGCCUUGGCCUUACACGGCCUGUAGGGAAAGGUGAGUGGCCAGGAGCAAGACUCCCCCCCCCCACCCCCGCCCCGCCCACAAAGGGCCUGCCUGCUCAGGGAAGCUCAUUGAAUGAGAGCCCCUUUGUGCAGCUGCCUCUGAGAUGGGUUCAGGACACAUUGGGGCAGACAUGGCUGGUCUUUGCCUGAAGCAGCAAAGCAUUUGGUUGGAGAGAGCGGUAUGAAAAAGGCUACCUGCUCCCUCCCCCAGCAUAGAACUGGCUCACCCCUCUGUCGUGCUCUCCACACCGCUGCUGUGGACGUGUCUGUCCCCUCAGGCUGAGCAGACGCCCCUGAGGACUUGCACUGCCUGCUGAGUCCAGUGCCAGCUCUGUGACCGACCCAGAGCAGGCCACCAUAAGGAUGACUGACAAAUAAAUGAUUGAUCAGUGUGGUCAAUCAGAUGCA